UCCCCAGGCUCGAUCCAGAUCGAGGUCUGCCCCGCGGGCAUGUUCUGCCCCGCCGGGUCGGUCGCCCAGGAGAACGACGACGGCACCCUCACGAUCACCUCGGGCGCGUCGGCGUGCGUGCUGUCAGGGAUCGCGUGCACGGAGGGGACAUACAUACCGCUCUCCAACGACACCGUCGCUCCCCCGGGGUACUACAUCAGCGAGGACAACUCCGAGAUCCUGGAGUGCCCGGCAGGCGCCAUGUGCCCUGGGGGGCCCGACGCCGCCGCGCCACAGCUCUGCCCCCCGGGGCAGUACCAGGCCGACGCGGGCGCCGCGGAGUGCUCCACGUGCACGGCGGGCACCGUGUGCCCCGUCUCCGGCGGCAGCGCCCCGGAGCUCUGCCCGGCAGGGCGCGUGUGCACACACCCGGGCCGCUUCACGCCCACCUACCUCUGCCCGGCGGGGUCCUACUGCCUGACGGGCUCGAUCACCCUCAACACCAACUCCAGCAUCGUCGGCGCGCCCAUCGUGUGCUCCGAGGGCACCUACUGCAUGCUCGGGACCGCCGUGGGGUACGUCGAGGCGGGCUGCACGAGCUGCGCGCAGACGUGCACCCCGGGCACCUUCUGCGGGGUCAACACGACGGACGCGGGCGGCGAGGACAACUGCCCGCCCGGGUGGUACUGCCCGCCGGGCUCGCAGGUGCCAAAGGCCGUCCCGCCAGGCCAUUACACCAGCUCUUCGGGGGCACAGUACCCGUCAAAGUGCGCGCCUGGAACUUACGCGAGCGGCUGGAUGUUCACGGAGUGCGAUCCGUGCCCGUCUGGGCACGAGUGCCCGCUCGACGGCACCGUCGAGCCGACCACGUGCACGGCCGGCACCUACAGAGAGGAAACGCUGCCAGGCGAGGACCCCGCCGACAACGUCAACUGCAAGCCCUGCCCGCAAGGCACCUGGUCGGCGAUAGAGGGGUUGGUGUCGGUGCUCCAGUGCAAAAACUGUGACGAGCGGUAUUACUGCCCCAUCGAGGGCACUACGAUCUUCGCCACAGUGGAACAGCCUUGCGCCGCCGACGAAAUCGGCACCGGCGCUAUCUGCUACGAGAACUCACAGGGCCAGGACUGCCCUCAGGGCUUCGGCUGCCCGCAGGGCACCACAGAGUUCUCCCAGGCGGACUUCCCCUGCGAGCCUGGUUUCUGGUGCAAGAUCCGCACGAUCCCCAAAGAGACCAGGAACCUCCUGUGCCCAGAAGGCUACUACUGUAAGGCGGAGACGGGCGAAUCUGGGGGCAGCGGCCGGUAUGCUUUCUCGUGCCCCGCGGGCAAGUUCUGCCCGAACGGUACGGCCGCAAUAGAUGACCAGACGACGCUGGAGACGACAUUGUACAACGUGCAGUCCGACAUCAACAUCAUCUUGUUCCCGAACAGUGAUACCAAUGCUAUGUGUCGGGAUUGCCCCGACGACCUGCCGGACGGCGACAUGGACGAGUCGCAGUGCCAACCGUGUGGCGAGCUUCACACUACGAGGCGCCUGCUCCAUUCUGGCGCGCUGGCCAGCACGAAUGGCUCCGCUGCGCUGGGGGCUCAGUAUGGGUCACCGCUUCGGGUGCCCCGAGGGCCCUCCCGCCGGCUAGACCACGACCCUUCGGUGUGUGCGCCCGACAUCACGACGGAUCCGCCCACGCCCUGGGAGGUGGGCCGUCCCUGCUACACGGCGGUCGAGGAUUGGGAGGGCACCCUGACCUGCCCCCGCGGCACGAACUCCAACAUCGGAUCCUCAGAUCCGACGAUGUGUAUUCAGACAGGGAUCCUCAUCGCGGUGCAGAACAUCUACAAGUGUUAUCCCCCGCGCGAGUGCAGCGUGGGCUUCGAGCCCAAUUACGUUUGCAAGGACUACGAGGUGCUGUGCGCACUAGCAGCGGAUGGAGAGGACAUCGAGCGUUACAAGAACGACAACACGUACAAAAAGUCAUUCAUGUGGGGCCGACUCUGGGACGGGGUGACGGUCGAUUUCUUUGCAUACGAUCCUGUGGAAGACAGCGGCUUACACGUUUGGGACACGUUCGCAUCCAUCAAGGUGGAGCCGAUGAGUAUCGUUAUCCUUUAUCUCGAUUUCAGCAACGUUCCAGAGGGCACUCUACUGAACGCAGACGGCGCGGGCCACUACGACAUCCACAUCGCGUCCGACGUGGAGGAGAACGGCUUCAACGAUAUGUCACCGGUCACCGGGCGACCGCACCUGCUUCCAGCCUUCUUCUACAGGUCCAGCAACAGUGACCUCAGAUUCCCGGUGAAGAUCCAGAUCCUGGCGCUCGCCGCGUUCAGCUUCACGGUCCAGCUGAACCUGCGCCAUGGAGGCCACCUUGACGCCUUGUCAACCCUGCACCAGAGCCUGGACAUCAGGAUGUUCCAGCCCUUCCGCACCGAGUGGGGAACCACGAAGUUCUUCGCCACGGUCCUGUCGAGAGACCUGCUGUUCGGCAGGAACAUCCUGCUCCCCUACAACAUGCUCCCUGGCAUUUCCGCCAUGAGUGGGCUCUACGACGUGGAGCUGAACACAGCCAUGGUGACCGAUGCCAUCGACACGGGGGAUCUCCCCAACGCGCCGCAGACACCCUAUUAUGAUGACUCCAGCGCGAUGGACAACAUCGUGACAGACAGCUCCGCGUUCUGGACCUCGACCAAUCUGGAAACGGUGGCGAUGCCGUGGUUGCCUUUCUUCUCUCACUGCGACACGUUCGACUCGCACAUCGUGAUCUGGGACCUGUUCGAGCAGCCGGACUACAAUUCGCGCGGAGGCCCGCGCGACGGGUGUGCUCAGUACACGCCCGAAACCGUGGGGAUGGUUCCCACCUCGUUGGUCGACCCGACGACCUUGGAGCUGGUGUUCUCGCCCGUCGCCGACAAUUGCUCGUUCGUCGUCAAAUGCAGGUUCGAGGAGAGCCUGGAAGACGGGUUCUUCUCGGCGGACCCGUGGUGGGACAUUCAGGAGGAGGAGCUGGACGUGUACUACCUCACAGAAACGCCGAUAACGUUCGAACAGUUCAACGAGCAGGGCGCCUUUUUUGACGCGCAGGUUGGCGAGGACUCCCUGGUGCCAGUCUACAUCGCGACGGAUGAGAAAACUGCCAGAUUCCCUCGCAAGGUCAAUUUCGACAUCAAGUACUACCAGGCGACCACAGAUUCCAAGAAGAUUGUUAGCGCGGAAACCGUAAUGAGUGAGUAUGACGAUGACGAUACAUCGAACGAAUAUUUGUUGAUGUUGUCGUUCGAGGCGCUCGGCUGGCAGGAUCUCAUGAACAAGUUUCAGCUGCCGUACGCAGUCUACGCUUUCCUCUACGCCAUUAUUGGCCUCGGCGCCGUUGGCUUCACGGUUGCGUUCUGGAUCUGGUUCCGCGUGACCUCUCGGAUCGCCCAGGCCCCCCCAUUCCGCUGGUUGGAGUGCUACGAGUUCAUGCUAUGGUGGCCCAUCCAGGGCGUGUUCGCUGCCAGCAUCCCGGUCGCCGUGCUGUGGGGGGUCGUUUGGAUCUCUUUCAUGGAAGGCAUCGACGUCACCGCGAGCAUCCCGUGCAGCUACGCGGACAUCGGCUCCGGGGACGUCGACGACUCCGAGACGGCACGGUGCAGGGCAGGGCGCGUUGGGACGUGCUUCCUCUUCGGCGGGCUGCUCAUCCUGGUGUCGGGUGGCAAGCUGCUCGUCCCGCGGCUGAGGCAGGUCGAGGAGCAGUUCCUCCUGCAGCAGGGCGCGCAGUCCCUCGACCGCGAGGGGCUCCCGCUGCUGCCGGAGCAGCGGAGCCUGAUCCGGACGGUGCCCAUCCAGUGGAAGCGUGCGCACCUGGUAUUCAUCAGCGUCCUCCUGGUGCUCCCGCUGAUGUCGCUGUGGGAGUUCACCUAUGCCGACUACUUCGAGACGAACACCAUCGCUUUCAUCGUCUUCUUCAGCUUCUCCAUGAUCCCCGUCGAGGGCGCCCUGUCGCGGGCGGCCCGUGAGGAGCUCCUGGAGGUGCCGCUCUCCACGGCCUGCUCCGUGGUGCUGUUCAUCGGCACUCUCGGCGCCGAGGACUUCGCGGACUUCUGCGAGGGCUUCUUCAUCGAGCUGAUCGUGGGCAUCCUCGACCGACUGGUCCUCGCGCUGAUCAUCAAGUGGACGGAGGAGAACGCCAAGAAGGCGAUCCGGUGGACGAGGUCGCGGCAGUGGUUCUGGCAGCUGCUGCUCGCCACCGGCGCCAGCGGCCGGUACCUGACGCAGUCCGCCCCGGAGGCGGACGUCCAGGAGGCGGAGCUGGAGGAGGACGUCGAGGGCACGCCCAUCGAGGAGGCCAUGGAGGAGAUCAUUGGCUGCGGUACCACCUGCAUGUCGACCGUCACCACCCCGAUCUUGAUCGCGGGGAUCAUGAUGUUCGAUGCGGAGACACAAAUUGCAGCGUCGUACGGGAUCCGAAAGACGGACAUGAUAUGCUACCUGCUGUUCGGCGUGAUGAUAGCGCCCUUCCAGGUCAUGAUGGAUAUCAUCAUGAACCACGCGACCGAAGUAAAGCACGGAGUGCGAAUUUACGACUAUAUGCUUUAUGCGAAAUGGCGGUGGAACAACCGCCUGACGCGAUGGCUUUACGACGACCCGCGCAUGGACGAGAGCAUCGCCGAGCCCCUGCAGAGUGUCAAUCAUCUUUGCUUCUCCCCGCAGUUCUACUUCAUCGAGUGCUAUUACUCCUGGGGCAUACUCAUGCUUCUGCUGGCACUGACAACUCUGCUGCGCAAUGGCAUGAACCCCUUCGACGAUCCUGCAAUGUUCUAUUUCGUGGUGCAGCAGUUCGCUGUCAACCGGAUUUUGGACAGGAUCGUGCGCGUCAUGACGUCCAACAUACUGUGGCCCCCAAAGCAGCAGACCACGCUGAAGACGUUCAGCCGAUCGAUCGCCAUCUCCCUGAAGAAGAAGGACCAGCGCGACGCGACCGAGAAGUACCAGCAGUACUUCCUGCAGAGGCACUCGGGCUGGCUGGUGAACCAGCUGGGCAAGGUCUUCACGCCCCGCUCGCAGGCGCGCUACCGGCAGAACCUGUCCACCCUCUACCAGCAGGCCCUGCAGCUGCAGCCCAUCCGCAUCUACCGGGCGCCGGGCCCCGCCUUCCCCAGGCCCGUGGCCCACCAGGAGCUGCCGCCCAACCUGCGCCUGGAGCUCGAGGGCGACGAGUCCUCGUCCGACGACGAGGUCGACGACCGCGGCUUCAAGGUCCUCGAGCCGCCCUCGAUCCCUCCGCCCGGUGCGGCCCUCGCCGCCCUGCCCGGCCUGCCCGUCCUGCCCGCGCUGCAGGCCCCGAGCGGCGCGCGGGACACGCCCGGCCUCGGGGUCCUCGCGACGGUCCCGCGGGCGCCGCCCCUCCUGGCCGCCGCCGGGCAGCAGCACCCGCUGCCCCUGCCCGCGCUGCCGGUGCUGCCGCCGCCCCCCGCGCUCGCGGCGCCGCAGCCGGCGCUGCCGCCGCCGCCGUGGCUGGCGUCGGGCGCGGAGGACGAGCGCGUGGUCGGGGCGGUGGCCGCGCUCUCGGCGACGGCCUGGAUCCGGGCGGCCAGGCGGCGCCUCGCCAUGCGCCAGCUGCUGGAGCUGAGGCAGGCGGACCUCGACGCCGGGGACGUGUGCCAGCAGUGCGGCACCUCCGAGGACGAUCCCUUCGUCCUGGCCCGGGUGGGCGUCUGGGCCAGCGGCCUCUGCCCCGCGGUCUACUUCGCCGACGACUUCGACGGCCUCUGCCGGGAGUUCGAGGUGCACCACGGCUGCCCCCCGUUGCCCUUCGAGAAGGAGCAGUGGAACGCCUGGCUGGAUCGGCACGAGCACCUCUUCAAGACGCUCUGCGUGCGCUGCGCCAGGGAGAGGGGCGAGAGCCCGAGCGGGCACGCGAGCGCGGCCCAGCAGAAGGCGAUCAGCGGAGGAGGGGACAGCAAGCGCCAGCUCGAGAUGGCGGUGCUGCUGGCGCGGCGCUUCCGGGACCCCUCGGAGAGGCGCAAGGGCAUGAAGGCAUUGGCGGCGAGCGUGGACGCCAUGCCAGAGGUUGCCUCCGCGCAGCAGGACGCGGAAGAGGAGGAGGAGGACGAUGGGCUCAACGUGGACCCGAGGUGGGACGGCAAGACGUGGGACCCGGACCUCGACGUCGGCGUGGACAUGGUCAGCAAGGGGAUGAUGACGUGGUGGCUCGCGCAUGCCAGGAAGCGGGUCAAGGCCAAGCGGGCUCUCGCGAUCGAGGCGGCCCGCCGGCAAGAGGCGGAGGCGAUCGUCGAGGGCGCGGGCUUGCCGGGACAGGUGCCGGCGCAGCCGGCGGCUGCCGGCCGCCAGGAGAGGUGGCCGGGUGGCCGUCCCGACUUCUCCGACGACGACGACGACCGCGACGACGACCUGGAGGA